AUGGUACUGUUGUACUAUUGCGGCCGUGACUCUAUGAUCAAAGCCGCAUCAAGGCAAUCCGUGGCGAGGCAUAAGGGCACUGCCUGCCUUCAGGAAAGAAUGAGGUUCUUCACCACCACCGCCCUCUUUGCCCUCCUGGCAACCUCCACCCUCGCCAACCCUAUCGAGAUCCGCCAGGCAGCCAACACACGCACCGUGACCCUCACCAACGAAAACAGCGGCCACGGCCAGUCAUCCGAUAUCCCCACUGACGGCGUCGACGUCGCCAUCCCACCUCGCUACCCAGACCUGUACAGCCCGACCUUCCGCGUUGACAGCGUCAUGAUCACGGCGGGAGUCGUUGAGGGGGCGAAGUGCGUUGUCUCGGGCAACCGCGUGUCUGACAACGCGCCUGUGACUCUUGUCACGGUUGAUGGCCGGAAGAACUACGCCAAGUUCCCUCAGGGAGUUGCGAAGCCGGAGAGUCUGAAGAUCAACUGCGUUUAA